GGGAGCUGCGCUCGUGCGGGGGGCCAUGCGCGAGGGGCUGGGCGCUGCGUGCGAGGCCGCCCGGCCCCGGCUCUGCCGGCUUCUCCGCCGGAUCCUGCGGCCGCAGCCCGCCUGCGGACCCCGCCGAGCCAGUCUAGUGACACAGGAUGACCCCAAGUGUCACAGCCUCGGCAAGCACCGGAAUGAGUCCCCCCAGUCCCUCACAGGGACAGUAAAGACGUCUCCAGAAACCCUGGUCAAGCUGGAUGGGCCCCCAUCGGCCUGCCCUCGGCAUGUGAGGAUCAAAAACUGGGGCAGCGGGAUGACUUUCCAAGACACACUCCACCACAAGGCCAAAGGGGAGCUUGCAUGCAAGUCCAAGUCUUGUCUGGGAGCCAUCAUGAACCCCAAAAGUUUAACCAGAGGACCCAGGGACAAGCCUACUCCCCCAGAUGAGCUUCUACCUCAAGCUAUUGAAUUUGUCAACCAAUAUUAUGACUCCUUCAAAGAGGCAAAAAUAGAGGAACAUCUGGCCAGGGUGGAAGCGGUAACAAAGGAGAUAGAAACAACAGGAACCUAUCAGCUGACGGGGGAUGAGCUCAUCUUCGCGGCCAAGCAGGCCUGGCGCAACGCUCCCCGCUGCAUCGGGAGAAUCCAGUGGUCCAACCUGCAGGUCUUCGACGCCCGGAGCUGUUCCACUGCCAAGGAAAUGUUCGAGCACAUCUGCAGACACCUGCGUUAUGCAACCAACAAUGGCAACAUCAGGUCGGCCAUCACCGUGUUCCCGCAGCGGAGCGAUGGGAAGCAUGACUUCCGGGUCUGGAACGCUCAGCUCAUCCGGUAUGCGGGCUACCAGAUGCCUGACGGCACCAUCCUGGGGGACCCCGCCAGCGUGGAGUUCACCCAGCUGUGCAUCAACCUUGGCUGGGAGCCCAAGUACGGCCGCUUCGACGUGGUGCCUCUGGUGCUGCAGGCGGACGGCCGUGACCCUGAGUUCUUUGAAAUCCCGCCCGACCUUGUGCUCGAGGUGCCCAUGGAACAUCCCAGGUAUGAGUGGUUCCGUGAGCUGCAGCUAAAGUGGUAUGCCUUGCCUGCAGUGGCCAACAUGCUCCUUGAAGUGGGUGGCCUUGAGUUCCCAGGGUGCCCCUUCAAUGGCUGGUACAUGGGCACGGAGAUCGGGGUCCGGGACUUCUGUGACAUUCAGCGCUACAACAUUCUAGAGGAAGUGGGCAGAAGGAUGGGCCUGGAAACACACAAGCUGGCCUCACUCUGGAAAGACCGGGCUGUCAUUGAGAUCAAUGUCGCUGUGCUCCACAGUUUCCAGAAGCAGAAUGUGACCAUCAUGGACCACCACUCAGCUGCAGAGUCCUUCAUGAAGUACAUGCAGAGCGAGUACCGCUCCCGAGGGGGCUGCCCAGCUGACUGGAUUUGGCUGGUUCCCCCGAUUUCUGGGAGCAUCACUCCUGUGUUCCACCAGGAGAUGUUAAACUAUGUCCUGUCCCCUUUCUACUACUACCAGGUGGAGGCCUGGAAAACCCACGCCUGGCAAGAUGAGAAGAAGAGACCCCGGAGAAGAAAGAUUCCAUUCAAAGUCUUGGUUAAGGCUGUGCUCUUCGCCUCCAUGCUGAUUCGCAAGACCAUGGUGUCCCGAGUCAGAGCCACCAUCCUCUUUGCCACAGAGACAGGAAAGUCGGAAACACUGGCCCAGGACCUGGGGGCCUUGUUCAGCUGUGCCUUCAACCCCAAGGUUCUGUGCAUGGACGAGUACAGACUGAGCCAUCUGGAGGAGGAGAAGCUGCUGCUGGUGGUGACCAGCACGUUUGGGAAUGGAGACUCCCCCAGCAACGGAGAGAAACUGAAAAAAUCUCUCUUCAUGCUGAAAGAGCUUACCAACAAGUUCAGGUAUGCUGUGUUCGGCCUUGGCUCCAGCAUGUACCCGCAGUUCUGUGCCUUUGCUCAUGACAUCGACCAGAAGUUGUCCCAUCUGGGGGCCUCCCAGCUCGUCCUUACAGGGGAAGGGGAUGAGCUCAGUGGACAGGAGGAAGCCUUCUGUAGCUGGGCUGUGCAAACCUUCAAGGCAGCCUGCGAAGCAUUCGAUGUGCGAGGCAAACACGGGAUUCAGAUCCCUAAGCGCUACACCUGCAGUAUGACCUGGGACCCACAGCACUACCGGCUCGUGCAGGACUUGCAGCCUCUGGACCUCAACAAAGCCCUCAGCAGUAUGCACGCCAAGAACGUGUUCACCCUGCGGCUCAAAUCACAGCGGAAUCUACAGAGUCCCCAGUCCAGCCGCACCACCCUCCUGGUGGAGCUCUCCUGUGAGGACAGCCACGGGCUGAGCUACCUGCCUGGAGAGCACCUUGGGAUUUGCCCGGGCAACCAGCCGGCCCUGGUGCAAGGCAUCUUGGAUCGAGUGGUAGACAGCCCUGCGCCCCACCAGCCUGUGCACCUGGAGACCCUCAGCGAGAGCGGAAGCUACUGGCUCAGAGACAAGCGGCUGCCCCCAUGCUCACUCAGCCAGGCCCUCACCUACUUCCUGGACAUCACCACCCCCCCAACCCAGCUGCUGCUCCGAAAGCUGGCACAGCUGGCCACAGAAGAAGCUGAGAGGCAGAGACUGGAGAUCCUGUGCCAGCCCUCAGAAUACAACAAGUGGAAGUUCACCAACAGCCCCACAUUCCUGGAGGUGCUGCAGGAGUUCCCGUCCCUGCGGGUGUCUGCUGGCUUUCUGCUCUCCCAGCUCCCGAUUCUGAAACCCCGGUACUACUCCAUCAGCUCCUCCAGGGACUGCACACCCAUGGAGGUCCACCUCACCGUGGCUGUGCUCACGUACCGCACCCGAGAUGGCCAAGGUCCCUUGCACCAUGGUGUCUGUAGCACGUGGCUCAGCAGCCUGAAGCCCCAAGACCCAGUACCCUGCUUCGUGAGAAGUGCUGACAACUUCCAGCUCCCUGAGGACCCCUCCCAUCCUUGCAUCCUCAUCGGACCUGGCACAGGCAUCGCCCCCUUUCGUGGUUUCUGGCAGCAGCGGCUACAUGACACCAAGCACAAAGGGCUCCAGGCCGGCCGCAUGACCCUGGUGUUCGGGUGCUGCCGCCCAGAUGAGGACCACCUGUAUCGAGAGGAGAUGUUGGAGAUGGCCCAGAAUGGGGUGCUGCACGAGGUGCACACAGCCUAUUCUCGUCUGCCUGGCCAGCCCAAGGUCUAUGUUCAAGACCUCCUGCGGCAGCAGCUGGCCAGCGAGGUGCUCCGUGUGCUCCACGAGGAGCAUGGCCACCUUUAUGUCUGUGGGGACGUGCGUAUGGCCCGGGAUGUGGCCCGUACGCUGAAGGGCUUGGUGGCUGCUGAGCUGAGCCUGAGUGAGAAGCAGGUGGAGGACUAUUUCUUCCAGCUGAAGAGCCAGAAGCGCUAUCAUGAAGAUAUCUUUGGUGCUGUGUUUACUUACGAGGUGAAAAAAGAUGGGGCAGCAAGGCAACCCAGUGAUCCCAGAGUUCCAGCAGCCCAUGGGAGAAGUUGAAGUUGCUGCCACAGAACUUACUGGUGGAGCCAACUCUCGAUUAUCUGCGGUCACAGGGCCUGGGGAGAUGGAAGGAAAUUAUAUCGCCGAGCCUCACAGCUCUUUCUCCACCAAGCCUCAUACUUGACCUGCUACUGAGUAGCAGCCUGGACUGAGUAAAACCUCUUAUCUCCCUUGAGCCCACCCUUCCUGGAUAAUGGAGAGUUGGGCUUUCCCAGGUCCCUUGAAGACUAAAUCCGCAGUGCCAGGCCCCUCAGCUGGUGGGUGAGAAGAAGAAGGGCGAGAACCUUCCUCUGACUACACCACUUGGAGUGACCAGCAGGGGGCGCUGUCGUGCUACACUGUAUUUAGCCGCCCCGUGUACAGUUAUUUAUAACUCUGUAUUUAAAGAAAAGGAACCCCAAGUCUUCUCUCAAGGGCCACUUGGGACUUCCCCGUAUGAUUCCUUGAUGGAGAUAUUUAUAUGAAAUGCAUUUUAUUUUAACCA